AAUAACCUCAAGAAUUACCACUAUGAAAGUAGAAGAAGUUAGACCACAUGCAUAUUUGGAUGUGUCAAUAGGCGACAAACCUGUAGGAAGAAUAGUUGUUGAAUUAUAUGAAGAUUUAGCUCCUGAAUCUUCAAAGAACUUUCUAGAAUUAGUUAAAGGUACUAAGAAAGUAGAAGAUAAGCAGGGGAAUAUAAAUUAUUAUAGUUAUAAAAAUAAUAUCUUUCAUAGAGCCAUAAAGAACUUUGUUAUCCAAGCAGGAGAUCUCAUCUAUGGAAGUAUAAAAGAUAAUAAAGAAUCUAGUAUAGAUGAAGAAAAUUUAGGUAAGGGAAGUCUUGCUAUGGUAGGAGAUAACCUAAUUGAAGAUGAAAACUUAGAUGAACCAAUAGAUAGUUCAUUUAAAUUAUGUAUGGCACAUGAACCGGAUGUUAAAGAUUGUAAUAAUUCUCAAUUCUUUAUAACAUGUUCACCACAACCUCAUCUUAAUGGUCAUCAUAGUGUAUUUGGACAAGUUAAGUAUGGGAAAUCAGUUGUAAGAGAAAUAGAACGAGUUAGUACAAUACAAAAAUCUCAUAUACCUAAACAAUUAGUAAUUAUUACUGAUUGUGGAGAAUGGGAUGAAAGUAUGGAAAUCCCAAUUUUCAAUGCUUGUUAUGAUACAAUUGGAGGAGAUAUCUAUGAAGAAUAUCCUGAUGAUGAUCAACAUAUAGAUAAAGAUUCUAGUGAAUCAGUAUAUAAUGCAUCAGUAAAAGUAAAGGAAAGUGGAACGCUUUUAUUUAAAAAUGGUAAGAAACAAGAAGCAUAUCUUAAAUGGAAGAAAUGUAUUCGAUAUAUUAUGGAAUACAUUCCCGAUGAAGAUCAAGAACCCGAAUGGAAUCAAAAGUAUAUGGAAUUAAAAAAGAAGGUGUAUUUAAAUUUAAGUCUUGUAUGUUUCCAAUUAAACCAAUACCAUCAAUCGGUGGAUUAUUGUGAUUUCUUAUUGGAUAUUAAGUCUCGUUUAACUAGUCAAGAAUUGGCUAAGAUUAACUAUAGAAAGGGGUUAAACUUAAUUCAAUUUAAAAAGUAUAAGGAAGCUUUAAAAUCCUUAAAGACUGCUCAUGAAUUAUUACCUAAUGAUGAAUUAAUAUCACGAGAAGUUGAUAAAUGUCAAGGAUUAAUUGAUGAAGCCAAAUUGGCCGAAAAGGUUAAAUAUGCAAAAUUCUUUAAAUGAUAUAUAUUUAUUUAUAGAGAUGGAAGGGUAUCAAAUUUAAAAUAUACAUAUAUAUAGAGAAGU